AUGAGACUCUUAGAGAAAAUUAAAAUAAACUCACAACAGAGAUGGAUGGUAUGUUAUAAACUUGGUGGAAAGUAUGAAUGUUCUACGUUAAACCUCAAUAAUAUUGGAACAUUACUACAUCAGCUCUUGAAGGAGAACUUUAUAUCAGAGAUAGAAGCAAAUGCUGCAGGUAUUGUUGAAAUGCACUAUGACUUCUUCUUGACAAACAUAAAGAAUCUUACUGAAAUAAAGAUGUAUGAUUUAACAGAAUAUGAAGGCUUAACGAUGUCAGAUGUAAAGAAAGGCAAACCAAAAAAGAGACUAUAUAGAGAUGAAAGCACACUGACAAAUGACCAGAAAGCCAUUUUGGAAGCUCUUAAGCAAACAGGAAACCCAGCACUUAUAGAAAGCUUUUGGAAAGAUAAUGGUGAAAAGAAGUUUUAUAAGAAGAGAAGCGGUCAGUUCUGGAAGUAUCUUUGCACAUUACCUAUAAAUCUUGAGCGCUACCAAAUCUUCAAUGAAUUGAACAAAAGAACUGCAGCACUUAUGACAGAAGACAAUUGUUUCGUUUAUGCUUGCAUUCAGGCUGGAGUAAAUGAAGAAACUAUUGACCACAUGAGAGAAGUCAUUCGUGUUAGAGACUUUCCUCAAAGUAAAGUACAAGAAAUUUCUGACGCAACAGGUAUAGCAUUUAAUGUUACCAUUGGUUACUUCAAUGACUCAAGACAUAAUGAAAUAAAGAGAUACAUACCAAAAGAAUGUAAAACUAUUCGAACUAUUGACUUACUUCUUGUUGAAGACCACUACAUGCUAAAUGAAAGAUUACCAAUGACAACAUAUUUCGUCAGAAAUUACAAAGAAAUCUUGAAGGAGUGUGGUGGAAUGAACAUUGAGAAACAGAUGAAGAUUUAUACAAAGAGAGAGAACAAAUAUGUAGUUCGUUAUGAUAGAACAACACCGUUAUGGGAUGUUAUGAAAACAUUGUGGGAGUGCAAAUAUUUCGAACCUAUUUCUUAUGGAGAACUUUUCACAUAUACGACUGACUUAUAUAAACAGAACCUUGCACCAUUUAAAGAUUUGACAUAUGCUCCAAAGUAUUGUGUACAACUGAAGAAGAAAGCCGAGUCAAAAGAAGUAAAUAAAGCUAAAUGUAAGUUCAUUCCUGAGCACGUUUUCUUUGCUGACUUUGAGUGCAGUACCGAUGGCUUUCAUAAAGCUUUUAACAUAUGUUACGACAGUGAAGAUGAUUCAGUGAGUGAAAGCAUUUGGGGUCAGAACUGUGCAACAGAAUUUUUGGAGCGACUUCCUGACAAGAGUUUAAUAUAUUUCCAUAACCUCAGUUAUGAUAUAAACUUCAUCUUAAGACACAUGACAGAAGUGAAAAGAACUCCCAUCAUUAAAGGUUCACGAACAAUGCAAAUAACUGGCUUAUAUAAAGGAAGGGCAAUUAUUAUAAAAGACUCUUACAGUGUUAUAAAUAAGAAGCUUAAACUAUUUCCUGCUAUGUUUAACUUACAAACAGGACCGAAAGAAGUAUUUCCAUACAACUACUACAGCAGUGUUUUGUUAGCAAAUGACAACAGAACUGGUGUCAUUUCUGAAGCAUGUAAGUUUAUCCGGGAUGCGGAUACAUUCAUGAAAAACAUAGAUUCCAUCAAAGGUUGCAGAAUAGAUGAAAACCACUUCGACUUAGAAAAGUAUAGCACAUUUUAUUGCAAACAAGAUGUAAGAAUUUUAAGAGAAGGUUUUGUUAAGUUCCGCAAUGACAUAUUGAAAGAAUUUGAUUUAAACGUUUAUGACUACGUUAGUAUUUGUUCAAUUGCUAACAAAUUAUUUGAGAACAGAGUGUACUUCCCGAAUGGAAAUUUAUAUGACCUCUCAAAUAAACCAAGAGAAUUUAUUUCACGCUGUAUUCAAGGUGGAAGAUGUAUGUUGUCAGAUAACAUUAAACAAAAGAGUAAAGAGAAACUCAUUGCUGAUUUCGACGCUGUUUCAUUAUAUCCAUCAGCUAUAGCAAGACUUUAUACUUUAGAAGAUAUUCCAAAGGUUAUGAAGAAAGAAAUGUUAAGCACAGAGUAUCUCAUGAGACAUUUAUUCGAUGACGACCAAAAGGAACCCAUUGGUGAAAAGUUUAUGUCUGGCUUCUUUGUUCUCAUUAAGAUAACAGAGAUUGGAAUACAUAGACACUUUCCUUUAAUAGUUU